AUGCCUGCUGGCUCUCCGCCCCUUCCAUCCGUUCCCUCAAUCUCGGGCUCCCACACAAAUCUUGCCGGCAUGAACGGCAGCAAGACUCCUCCCUUAGGCUCUAGACCAGGACCUUCGAACAACAACAGCAGCCGUUAUAGCAUUGCUGGUUCCGUCAAUGGCUCACCGAAGCCGUCUCCAUACGCAUCCCCACUCGCACCCCGCGUCAUCUCUGCAUCUGAGGGCUCAUGGGUCCACCAGAAAGUCCUUCUAAUCUACGGCCAGGUCGGCGAUCCUAACCAGCCGCUGGACGGCGACAUUACCGUCUGCUCGCAUCAAGACUGCUUCCCUCCCAUGACUUGGCCAGUCAGUGACUCUCACUUCAAGGCUCUCGUAUACCUACAGCCAGGUCCCAACCGACUCCGCCUAGACUUCAUUCCUCGCCAGCGUAGACCCUCGCAGGGUCAAAUGAACGGCCAGCCCGCUCAUUCGUCACACUUCCAGAUCAACUAUCUCCCCAUGAACUCGUCACCACCUCUGCAUCUGGCCAUCCUGGUAGCAAAAGACUCUCCUCGCACAUUCGAUGCUGUCCCGGACCGUGUCAAAUCAGAGGGCAAUGGCCUAGAAACUGCUGUGAGGAAAUUCCGCAUGGCUGCCUACCUCUGGCAAGCUUUCACAGGAGAGCAAAUGAAUCGUCACGGCUUUGGACGCCGCUGUUUCCGAUUUGAGGAAGAAUGGCAACCAGGCACUCUGACGGGUCGUGAUCUCACCACUGGUCAAAUGCGCAACGAGGCCAAGAUUCAUAUCAUCACCCUGGACAAGACCGUUGCUGAAAUCCAGGACCUUAAUUUAGCCCAACAAUACGAACCCGCCAAACAAAAGGGUGAUCUGUUCGCUAUUGCUAUGGAUGCUGUCAAGAAUCACUUCAAGCCUCGACCGGGUCAGAAAGAGUACGUGUCUUGCAUGUACCUGGACACACACUGGGAUUCAAAGGUUGGCACUGUCAGGGGUCACGCUGCUCUGGGAGGCGGUGACGCGCAAGUCAAGCUGGCCAUCUUCGGUUCUCAUUCUCUCCAAUCAUAUCCAGCUCAUCUCGAAGAGGUCGUGCCCGCAUUCACCGACUGCACAAAGACAGACACCAACUAUGUUGCCAACGACUGCAACGAAAGCGGAAGCAACUGGGAAGCUGCCAAUAUCGGAAUCGGGGCUCACAUGCACGAAACAGGCCAUCUGUUCGGCUGCCCUCAUCAAGAAUCAGGAGUCAUGCUCCGUGAUUACGUCCGUUUGAACCGUACUUUCACCACUAGAGAACCCUAUUCAACUCGCACAAAGUCACAAGGCAUGCGUCUUUGUCUUCAACAAGACGAGUGUGCAUGGCACCGCCUAGAUGCUUUGCGGUUCAGACUGCACCCUUGUUUUGCUCUGCCUACUGACAUGAGCAUUCCUCCAGAGGAUAGCAUCCAAGUCUGGGGUGUCGACAAAGGAGCAGCCUUGGUUACCGCGAGCACCGGUAUUGCCUUCAUCGAAAUCUACACCGAGGGCGACGAGCUUUGUCGUCACUGGAUCGAGUAUCUGGACCCUACCAGUGGCUCCUCCACAGGUGCACCUCGGCAAAUCACGUUAACAGAGGCCGACUUGCGAACCAGAGUUGGUGAGGCCAACAAGAACAAGAAGCUGAAGAUUAAGAUCUUUUCUCUCGGUCAAGGCGAGCAUGAGGUUGCGGAUUUCGCUCAGCAUGUAAGCAAGGACGCCAAGUUGAAGCUCCCUGACGGUAGAAUGGGCUUCCGAGGUUCCAAGGUUGGCUUCUCGCAAAUGGACGGAACCAAACCUCAGGAAGUACUUCUACGUUCAUCACACGAGAAGCGUAAACUUUUGAUCGCGAUCAGAGUUUACCACGGAUUUGCUUUGGACGGCAUCGAGUUUGUGUACGAGGACGGUGAGAACCAACUGUUCGGAAAGAGAGGUGGUAAAGAAGGUGGCGAUGAGUUCCCCAUCAACGCUCGGUUUGGUGAAACUCUUCUGGGAUUCAAUCUGAGAGCCGGUCUCUGGAUUGACGGUAUUCAGAUAUUGACCAGCGGCGGUCGUCGCAGCGAUUGGUAUGGCAACAAAGACGGUGGUAGCGGAUGCAACUUGAUCCCUCCCAGAGGCUAUAGCAUCGCGGGUGUUUACGGCACCUGUGGGCAGUGGCUUGAUGGUUUUGGUCUCAUUAUCACACGCUGA